CCUAGCCAGUACGCUCGGGGAAAAUAUUCGUUCUGUAGUCUUCGUGGUGUGAGGUGCCGUCCGAAUCUGUUCCUUUGUUCAAAAUGGCUGCCCUCAGUGAUGCUGUCCUCGAUGCGUUGGUAUUUGAGCAUUUAUCGAAAAAAGACAAAACGUUUGCGGCUGUAUUCCAGAAAAAGUUCCAAUCGUCCAAAUUGCCGAAAGGAGCACCAAAGUUGGAUGAAAUAGUAAAACACUAUCAAUCCACUAAAUCGAAGCUUUUGUUGAACAACAAACAAGAGGAAGAGGGAUCCGAUUCGGAUGAAGAAGAAGAAUCCGACGAGGAGGAAGAAACCCCUGCACCUGCGACUAAUGGUAAAGCUGUAAACGGUAAGAAGGCCACAAAUGGUUCAGCAGCUGUGAAAAAACAACAGGAAGAAUCUGAUGAGGAUGAGGAGGAGGAGGAGGAUGAUAGCGAAGAUGAUGAGGAUGAAGAGCCGGCUCCAAAACCGGCAGCCGUAAAGGCGCCCGCGAUGAAAGGGGCAACAAAGGUGACACCUCUCGUUAAGAAACAACAAGAAGAAUCAGAAGACGAAGAUGAUUCGGAUGAGGACGACGACGAGGACGAGGAGGAGGAGGAUUCUGACGAAGAGGAGAAACCUACCACUCAAAAGCCCCAGAAGCAAAAGCCGGCACUAGCAGGACAGAAACGUAAGGCAGAGGAUAAUGAGGAUGAGGAAGACGAUGAAGAUGAGGAGGAGGAGGAUGACGACGAGGAGGAAGAGGAUACGCCUCCACCAGUGCUGAAGAAAGCCAGUGACAACAAGCAGCCCCAGAAAAACGAAAAGGUCACCGUAAAUGGCAAACCUCUGACUAAUGGAAAACCGCUAAUGAAUGGAAAUGGAAAGAUAAGGCAAAGUGAUUCUUGUGAUGAUAGUAGUUCCGAAAAGGAUACUAAAGCUACUUCAAAACAGACGACUGCGGUGAAAAUUCCUGUGAGGACACUAGCAUCCGCAAAGAAGGCAGAAUCGUCUGAUGAUAGCUCUGACGAUAGUUCAGAAGAGGAUUCGAAACCAACGGCAAAGAAACCUGCUCAAGCUGUUACACCGAAAGCUACCGCUAAUGCCAAGACGCCUGCAAAGACAGCUACGCCAGCAGUUGCUAAGAAACAGCAAGAAGAGUCCAGCAGUGAUGAUUCUUCCGAGGAGGAGCAAGAAACAUCCAAGAAACCAACAGUGGCUCCAAAAGCAACUGCUGCUACCUCAAAGAAGGCAGAAUCGUCUGAUGAUAGCUCUGACGAUAGCUCAGAAGAGGAUUCGAAACCAACGGCAAAGAAACCUGCUACAGCUGUAACACCGAAAGCUGCCCCUAAUGCCAAGACGCCAGCAAAGACAGCUACGCCAGCAGUUGCUAAGAAACAGCAAGAAGAGUCCAGCAGUGAUGAUUCUUCCGAGGAGGAGCAAGAAACAUCCAAGAAACCAACAGUGGCUCCAAAAGCAACUGCUGCUACCUCAAAGAAGGCAGAAUCGUCUGAUGAUAGCUCUGACGAUAGCUCAGAAGAGGAUUCGAAACCAACGGCAAAGAAACCUGCUACAGCUGUAACACCGAAAGCUGCCCCUAAUGCCAAGACGCCAGCAAAGACAGCUACGCCAGCAGUUGCUAAGAAACAGCAAGAAAAGUCCAGCAGUGAUGAUUCUUCCGAGGAGGAGCAAGAAACAUCCAAGAAACCGACAGUGGCUCCAAAAGCAACUGCUGCUACCUCAAAGAAGGCAGAAUCGUCUGAUGAUAGCUCUGACGAUAGUUCAGAAGAGGAUUCGAAACCAACGGCAAAGAAACCUGCUCUAGCUGUUACACCGAAAGCUACCGUUAAUGCCAAGACGCCAGCAAAGACAGCUACGCCAGCAGUUGCUAAGAAACAACAAGAAGAAUCCAGCAGUGAUGAUUCUUCCGAGGAGGAGCAAGAAACAUCCAAGAAACCAACAGUGGCUCCAAAAGCAACUGCUUCUACCUCAAAGAAGGCAGAAUCGUCUGAUGAUAGCUCUGACGAUAGUUCAGAAGAGGAUUCGAAACCAACGGCAAAGAAACCUGCUACAGCUGUAACACCGAAAGCUGCCCCUAAUGCCAAGACGCCUGCAAAGACAGCUACGCCAGCAGUUGCUAAGAAACAGCAAGAAGAGUCCAGCAGUGAUGAUUCUUCCGAGGAGGAGGAAAAAACAUCCAAGAAACCGACAGUGGCUCCAAAAGCAACUGCUGCUACCUCAAAGAAGGCAGAACCGUCUGAUGAUAGCUCUGACGAUAGUUCAGAAGAGGAUUCGAAACCAACGGAAAAAAAACCAGCUCUAGCUGUUACACCGAAAGCUACCGUUAAUGCCAAGACGUCAGCAAAGACAGCUACGCCAGCAGUUGCUAAGAAACAACAAGAAGAAUCCAGCAGUGAUGAUUCUUCCGAGGAGGAGCAAGAAACAUCCAAGAAACCAACAGUGGCUCCAAAAGCAACUGCUGCUACCUCAAAGAAGGCAGAAUCGUCUGAUGAUAGCUCUGACGAUAGUUCAGAAGAGGAUUCGAAACCAACGGCAAAGAAACCUGCUACAGCUUUAACACCGAAAGCUACCGCUAAUGCCAAGACGCCUGCAAAGACAGCUACGCCAGCAGUUGCUAAGAAACAGCAAGAAGAGUCCAGCAGUGAUGAUUCUUCCGAGGAGGAGCAAGAAACAUCCAAGAAACCAACAGUGGCUCCAAAAGCAACUGCUGCUACCUCAAAGAAGGCAGAAUCGUCUGAUGAUAGCUCUGACGAUAGCUCAGAAGAGGAUUCGAAACCAACGGCAAAGAAACCUGCUACAGCUGUAACACCGAAAGCUGCCCCUAAUGCCAAGACGCCAGCAAAGACAGCUACGCCAGCAGUUGCUAAGAAACAGCAAGCAGAGUCCAGCAGUGAUUCCGAGGAGGAGGAAGAAACAUCCAAGAAACCAACAGUGGCUCCAAAAGCAACUGCUGCUACCUCAAAGAAGGCAGAAUCGUCUGAUGAUAGCUCUGACGAUAGCUCAGAAGAGGAUUCGAAACCAACGGCAAAGAAACCUGCUACAGCAGUAACGUCGAAAGCUGCCCCUAAUGCCAAGACGCCUGCAAAGACAGCUACGCCAGCAGUUGCUAAGAAACAGCAAGAAGAGUCCAGCAGUGAUGAUUCUUCCGAGGAGGAGGAAAAAACAUCCAAGAAACCAACAGUGGCUCCAAAAGCAACUGCUGCUACCUCAAAGAAGGCAGAAUCGUCUGAUGAUAGCUCUGACGAUAGCUCAGAAGAGGAUUCGAAACCAACGGCAAAGAAACCUGCUACAGCUGUAACACCGAAAGCUGCCCCUAAUGCCAAGACGCCAGCAAAGACAGCUACACCAGCAGUUGCUAAGAAACAGCAAGAAAAGUCCAGCAGUGAUGAUUCUUCCGAGGAGGAGCAAGAAACAUCCAAGAAACCAACAGUGGCUCCAAAAGCAACUGCUGCUACCUCAAAGAAGGCAGAAUCGUCUGAUGAUAGCUCUGACGAUAGCUCAGAAGAGGAUUCGAAACCAACGGCAAAGAAACCUGCUACAGCUGUAACACCGAAAGCUGCACCUAAUGCCAAGACGCCAGCAAAGACAGCUACGCCAGCAGUUGCUAAGAAACAGCAAGAAAAGUCCAGCAGUGAUGAUUCUUCCGAGGAGGAGCAAGAAACAUCCAAGAAACCAACAGUGGCUCCAAAAGCAACUGCUGCUACCUCAAAGAAGGCAGAAUCGUCUGAUGAUAGCUCUGACGAUAGCUCAGAAGAGGAUUCGAAACCAACGGCAAAGAAACCUGCUCAAGCUGUUACACCGAAAGCUACCGCUAAUGCCAAGACGCCAGCAGAUGCUAAGCAGCAGAAAGAAGAAUCCAGCAGUGAUGAUUCUUCCGAGGAAGAGGAGGCAACGACGAAAAAAUCAGCGGCUGCAGUUAAUAAACUGUUGAUGUCAAACGGCAAACGAAAAGCAAAAUCGUCGGAUGAUUCAGAUAGCUCCGAGGAAGAGGAUUCAAAACCAGCAGCAAAGAAGCUUGCCACGUUGAGUUCAACUAACUCAAAAUCUUCAUUGAACCCAGCAAAGAAAGGCUCUUCAGAUUCGGAAACGGAAGAUGAUGAGCCUUCAGAAGAAACAAAUAAAUCAACUAUUCAAGUAGGACAUAAAAGAAAAAUGGAUGAUCAACAUAACCAGAGCAAUCCUCCAGCCAAGAAAGUAAAUCCCUACAGCAACUUCGUUAGGUCUAGUGAUCAGCAGGAUAACUACAAUAACCAGAUUGAAACUCCACCCAACAAAGGAAAUUUUAAUAAUCAGAAUGGAAGCGCCAGCAGUGGUUUCGGUAGCGGACGCAAAUCUUUCACCAACAGCGAUGAAAAACGUGGUGUACAGCGGUUCCGCCGCGUACGGGAGGAGGAAAUUGAAAUUGAUGAACGGCUAAUGGAUAAUUCUUACGAAGCUAAGCAAAAUGCAUACGGUGCGUUCGGUGAACGAGCAAAUCAGAUUUUAAAGAACACGAAAGGCAAAUCGUUCCGCCACGAAAAGACGAAAAAGAAACGUGCUGGAUACCAGGGUGGAUUUAUAGAUACAUCUGUAAAUUCUAUCAAGUUUGAAGAUUAGAGUUGCUUCGCUUAUAAACAACGGCAAAAUAGGGUGUAAAAAAUUGUUCAUGCUAUUUAUAUGGAAACCUAGAAUCACUUUCCUAAUUGCGAUAGGAAGUACGUUUAUUUGCGAUAAAUAGUAAGGUCUCAUAUUGUUCAUGGGGUAUAUUCCUGUGGAAGAUAAUAUCAUAUGCCGCUAAACAAUGAUUUAAUUUUUGCGAUAAAUUCAAAAUAUCUCGUUUAAUUAACGCAUCUUUUGUAAAACUUUAUUCAAAUCAUUCAAACAGCGAUGUACGGUUUAUAACAAGUCAAGAUUAUUCACUAUCCGUUCUUAACGUGUACGUGCGUACCAGUUAGCAAGCGUAACUGAAAAGUAAAUGUUCACAUUUUACGUACAUUAAACGGAUAUUUAUUUCGUUAUAGGAGUUUGAAUUAUAUUAGAAUUUGAAUGGCCUUUUAUAUUCUUUAUUGCAAACGUAUAUGGUUAUGGUAACAAAAGCAUCCAAUUUAUAUUGUUUUGUUCCGUUACAAUAGUAUAUGCUGUAUUAAUAAAUUAUAUUGAUCAUGUCAGAAAUGAUCAAAUAAGACAUGACAGAAAAUUAGAAGUGUUUAUUCGUGUAUUAUCUAGUAAACAACAUACAAUAAAUAUAUACACAAGCUCUUACUUGAUACUA